CUGUCCAAUGCUGCAUGCAUAAAACAAUCCUUCUCAUUAUGUAAUAACGUCAUCCGUGCAGCACUUCUCGAGACCACCUUCCUCUGCUUCGCUUGCGGAGAUUGGUGAGCCCCAUCGGAAGAUCUGGGCCGCCUUUGCGCAUAAUGGAAACGGAAGUAAACAAUACUGACGCCAAGGGGAAGAAGACACGGCAAUCCCAUUCUCGAAGCCGCACUGGAUGUGUCAUUUGCAAGCAGCGACAUAUUCGGUGUGACGAGCGGCGCCCGUUUUGUAACAACUGUCUAGUUGCGAAGAAGCCCUGCGACUAUGGCCCCAUUAAGCUCCCACUCCGUGAGCGCAGAGCUCAAGGUAAGCCAUUGCCGCCAUGGGAGCAGGCUCCUUGGGUUGCCCAGGGAGGAGUCUUAGGGUCAUCCUCAAGCUCCUCAUCCUCCUCUUCCUCGCCCACCACGUCUUGGCAACUAGUCCCAGGCGUAGCUAUGGAUCCUUUCGAUACCCUCCCAAUCAAGAUGCCGUUCAAGUCGAGGGAGCUCUUCCAUUACUUUUAUCAAGUAGGCGAAGCCUUCGGCGUCAUGCCGAGAGAUCGAAUGGAGGAUUGCGUCGCAUUGGUUGCUCACGACCCAUGCGCACUCCGCAACACGCUCCUCAUUGCGGGCGUGCACUAUGCCUGGAACGCCGGCAAGCUGCAGGAUUACGAGUCCACUUUUCUCUUCCACAAGGUUGAGAGCAUGCGUAUGGUCAAUGGAUGGCUCGCGGAUUCGCAUGCGAGGGCGACCGCGCUCUGUGUAAGACAGAUUGCCACUCUCUGCUUCGCCGAGUGCUGUCUCGGCAACCUGACCACAGCUGAAACGCAUCUUGAUGGCCUCAUGGCAUUCAUGGAGAUCAGGGAGCCGCAAGAGGGUAGUAUCCAUGAUAUCAAAAACGUGGAUGAGGAGCUUGCGGAUCGAUACCUUAUUUUGGCAUACAACUUCGUCCACGGUCUCAAGAGUCGCUUCAACGAAGUUCCCUCCUUCUACGAUCCCACGGGCCCUAUUCGCGAGUCCGCUCCUGACGAGGUAGCGUCUGCAAUGAAGACGUGGCAUAAGGAGGAAACCGGGGGACUCAACAACAGGCUCAAGGCGAUGCGUAUGUUUCCCCAUUUCUUUGGCCUGCCGCCGCCGGGGAGGCAGCCCCGGGACAUUGACGCGUACCCCAUCAUCAGCUGCCUUGAGAGCAUUACAAGAAUGAUCGAUCACAGACAGCUCAGUCCACCUGCCGAUGGCCGUACGCCCCCUUCGAGCCAUGUGUGGAACGAUGGUGGUCCAACCAGGCUUCUCCUUGCUUUUGUUAAUACUCAUGUGCUCUCCCUCUCUCGUCGCGGUGAGGAAACGGUGCCGGGAGGCAAACCACGGCAGAGAUUCAUGUCUGCCUGGUCUGGUGUCGCCACCACCGCCGGAUUAUAUCUGAAUUGCGUCUUGGACCUUUGGAACGCCGGCCAGACGAUGGAAAGCCGGCUUCACCGUCGCGUGCUCCUAAUCCUGAAGCGAGACAUCGACCGGGCCGAGCAGGGAAUGAGGGACCAGGGAGGGACCAGUCGAGACUUGUGGUUCUGGAAGGUCUUUACGGGGGCCCUCAGUCUGGCCAAGGCCCAGAGAGGGGCCUACGACAUUACCUUUCGGUUGCUGGAGACCCGGUUCGACGACUGUAUCCGGUCUUGGAGCGAGGCUGCCAACGUGACUCAAUGGGUGGAAGCCCGAGGCGCGCUAGCGAGGGUCGUUUGGCCGGACAUCUUCCUGGGAGAAGCGGUGGCGGAGGCUCUGUGGGAAACGGCUACCCGGAGUGAGUGAGGCUAGCAUUGUCCUCAAUGGGAGAUAUCCCCCGUUCUAUCAAGUAUUAUUAUCCAGUCCACCGUGCAGAGUUUGUCAAGCGCUUUCUCUAGCCCUUGUACUCUGAGAAGAGUCCAAUAUGUGUAGUCAGUUUCUUGGCAUCCUGGAGAACCGUUUGAUCCCAUUACAAUGAGGUUGCACGGUACGAUUUGAGAGGAGAUGGGAGCGUUCUGAGCGCGGUUUGAAGAAAUCUCGAAUUUGUUAAUUGUGGUCGAGGGUUCUAAGAAUAACAUGAGUAGUCAAAUCCUAUUCUGAACUCCUCCUCCAUAAUGAUGCUUCUUAAUGAAAUAAACCAUAUAAUAAUUAC